AUGUCUGUAGCGCACCUGCCAUCCACUAGAAUCUAUUGGAGUAGUACACUGAGAGUUACUACAAUAACCGAAGCUAUGACAUGUAACAGAUUUGAAGAAAUAAAACGUUUUGUUCACUUCAAUGAUAAUACGAAGCAACAAAAUCGCGAUGAACCUGGUUACGAUAAGCUGUUCAAAAUUCGUCCUUUUUUAGAAAAAGUACGAGAGAGGUACCUACUUGUCCCAAAAGAAGAGCAUCUUGCAGUUGACGAACAAAUUAUACCAACAAAAGCUCGAUCAACCCUAAAGCAAUAUAACCCAAAAAAACCUCAUAAAUGGGGCUAUAAAGUUUUCGUACUAAGCGGAGUAUCAGGCUUCAGUUACGAUUUCGACUUCUUUUCUGGGCCAACUAACUUGCAGCCUUAUCAACCAGAUCUUGGGGCAAGUAGUAAUGUGGUAGUGAAACUUACAGAGUCAGUUCCAAGGAAUCAAAAUUACAAGGUUUUUUUUGAUAACUGGUUCACCGGCCUUCCAUUACUGGUUUAUCUCAGCAAAGAGGGCAUUUUGCCUCUUGGUACUGUCCGCAAAAAUCGUGUGCCAGAUUGCGAAUUUCCUAAGGAAUCUAUGAUGAAGAAAAAAGGUAGAGGUACAAUUAUGGAGAGAGUUGCUCGAGUCGAUGGCGUAGAUGUUUCAGUAGUUUCCUGGUAUGAUAACAAAAUAGUUACCACAGUAUCAACUUACGUAGGCAGUCGCCCCAAAGAGUAUAGAAAUAUACAACAACUAUAUGGGAGGUGUUGA